AUGGACAAAAAUAGUGUUGAUAUGAAGGUGAUGAGAGGAUUGUGCGCUAAUGGAAUUCCGUUUAAUGUGUUAAGAAAUCCCCAAUUUCAUGAGAUGAUUUCAGCUAUAAAUAAUGGACCUAGGGGUUAUAAGGCUCCAUCUUCUGAAAAAGCAAGAACUACUUUGCUUGAUGAGUGUAAACGAAGUCUAGAAAAAGAAUUAGCUCCUGUUAAAGAUACAUGGUUUACUCACGGUGUUUCAAUUGUAUCAGAUGGAUGGUCUAACGUGAAGCGUGAGCCACUUAUCAACAUUAUUGCUGCAAACAGUAGAGGAGUUAUGUUUCUUUAUGCUCAAGAUUUUUCUGGGAUACCAAAAACUGGUGACGUGAUUGCUGCCUUUAUGCUUAUUGCAAUUGAAGAUGUGGGAUCGUCAAAUGUCCUCCAGAUAGUCACUGACAAUGCAGCAAACUGUGAAUAUGCUGGGAGAGAGAUUGAAAAGAUACAUAAACAUAUCUUUUGGUCCCCUUGUGUUGUUCAUACCUUGAAUCUUAUUUUUAAAGAUUUGGCAAAAGAGUUUGAGUGGUUUGAGGAAAUUUAUAAUAUUGGAAAAGCUAUUGUUAAGUUCUUUUUGAACCAUUCACAUGCUUUGGCCAUGUUCAGAAGUCAAUCAAAAUUGGAGUUAUUGGAAGUUGCAAAAACUAGAUUUGCAUCGCAUUAUAUCUUGUUGAGGCGACUUAUUGAUUGCAAAGAAGCACUAGCAAGUACGGUAAUUAUUCAAAAAUGGAAAGAUUGGGUGAAGACUUUAGAUGGAGAUAAAAGAAAACUUGGGGAGAAUAUAACACAAGCUGUGUUGGCAGACAAUUUUUAG